AUGUCUCAUAAAGGUACAAACAUCCCAGGUUUUGCAGUAUUUAGUCCACCACCUCCAAACUCUCCAAAUGCAGUGAGACAAGGACAAGUCUUUGGAGAUCCAUAUAAAUCGAUCACCAAUGGAAUCAUUAAAGUGACAAGAGCUGCCAAUCUUGAAACAAAUAUAACUUAUUUGGGUAUCGACGAACCAGAUACUAUUUUAAUACCAUCCUAUCAAGGAUUUUACAAUACUGCAGUUUGGCAGACCUACUUUUAUAGUCUUAGAGCCGAUAGUUUCAGUGGUACCACUACUUACACCUAUACAAAGAGUCCUUUUGGAGCAAUUGGAUCAAUCGUAACCGACAACCUAACAAUCCAAACUUUUUAA